AUUGAUACCUUACCUGAUGAUGCAUGUGACAUAGUCUGUCUUUGACAACCUGUUGUCUCUGUUUUUGUAGCUCUUUUCUAAAAGUUUCAUUGAGCUUUUUUGGGUUGUUGCCCACCAUAUUAUUCCUUCCUUUUUCCUCAUCAUCUUUCAUUUCAAUCUCUAAAACAUCCUUGGAGUAUCCCCUUCUGUUUGAGUUCCAAUGGCCUCUGAGACUGCCAUAUCGGAUCACACUUCUACUACUGACGAGUCGGUGCUCAUUCAUCAGUUGCAGGAAGUUGAGAAGAAGGUGAAUGAAGAAGAAGAAAAGCCCAAAGUGGGGGAAUCGCCAAGUCCAGCAACCGCUUCAUCUAAGCCGGAGCAAGCGCGCGAGGAUAAGCGUAUUGGACCUCCACUGGUUGAGGUGGAGAAGACCGACGAUGCUCCAGCUUAUAGUACGGAGGAAAAAGACUUCAUUUCUCAUUCCCACUCUCCCGCCGUACCAGAGCUAGUAGCUGACACUAUUGAGACCCAAUCAGAAAAGCAAACAGCAAUGGAGACUGUUAUCAAAGAAGCACCGAAGCAAGUAGCAAUUGCAUUACUCGAGAAAGGGCCAGAGGAGAAACCGAAGAUAGUUGACGUUCCUGAACCAAUAGCUGAAGCCCCACAGAAACUAUUGGAAACGCUGGAUGUGCUUCCAGCAAAAGACUCGGAAUCAGUUGCAUUAGGAGAGAUAAAAAACUUGGGCGUGUCAAUAAAAGUAGAGAAACCAGAAGUUGCAGCUCUUAAAGCAGAUGAAAAGCUAGGGGAAGAACAAUCUGAACUUUAUGAACAAGUUGAUAAAGCAUACGAGGAGGUUGAGAUAAAGGAAAGUGUGGAGACUGAUGCAGACAAAGACCCAAGGACUUCGGUUGAAAAAGUUGAGAAUACCCCACUUUUGAAAGAAGUGCAAACUGAUGAAGAGGAAGAAGCUGGUGUACUUAGAAAUUCUGAACAAGCUCCGACUAAUCAGGAAGCUCAAUCGGAUCUAAAAGAAGAUGGAAUGGAUUUUUCUCUACCUGUUACUCUAACUGAGAAGGUUGAUGCAGAAGACAAAAAGAAAUUGAGUGGGGCUGAUGUGGUUGGGGAGCAAUUGUCAAAAAAGGCAGUUGUGGAGAUAGGAAACCUUUCAGUAGAAAAUGUAGCGAGGACUGGGGAUCAGAUCACAGAAGUGGUGAAUGAAAAGAAAAAUGAGGUACUGGAAGAAUCAACUCUGCCAGUUGAAGUGGAGGAUGUGGAUAGUUUUCCUUCUACAACUGAAGUUAAUGAAAAAUCAAUGGAGGGAGAUAACAUCAGCAGAGAUGUUGAGGCGGCCAUUAAGGGAAACAAAGGAGAACAUAAUGUAAAAGAUGAGAUACUUGCUUUUGCUGAAACCAACAAAGAUGAGCGAGUGGAGGAAAAGCAGGCUGAAGUCACGAGAGUCGUUAGCAAACCGCUUAAAGAAGCCCAGGAACCUGAGCUGCAAUUAAGAAGUGAGGAAACUAUAGAGACUAGUGAAAAUAAGUUGGAGAAAGGAAAAGUUGAUGAGAUUGCAAAAUGUGAUGUUCAGAAUCUGGAGCCAUCUAUCCAGGAGUCUAAGUUGCAAGUAAGAACUGGGGAAACUGUAGAGACUAGUGAUGAUAAGCUGGAGAAAGGAAAAGCUGAUGAGAUUUCAAAACCUGAUUUUCAGAAUUUGGAGCCAUUUGUCCAGGAACUUGAAUUGCACGUAAGAAGUGAGGAGGAGAGUGUAGAAACUAGCGAGGAUAAGCUGGAGAAAGGAAAAGUUGUUGAGAUAGCAAAACCUGAUGUUCAGAAUCUGGAGCCAUCCAUCCAGGAACCUGAAUUGCUAGUAAGAAGUGAGGAAAGUGUAGAAAUUGGUGAAGAUAAGUUGGUGAAAGGAAAAAUUGAUGAGAUUGCGAAAGUUGAUGUUCAGAAUUUGAAGCCAUCCCUCCAGGAACCUGUGUUGCAUGUAAGAAGUGAGGAGGAGAGUGUAGAAAUUGGUGAGGAUAAGCUGGAGAAAGGAAAAGUUGUUGAGAUAGCAAAACCUGAUGUUCAGAAUCUGGAGCUAUCCGUCCAGGAACCUGAGUUGCAUGUAAGAAGUGAGGAGAGUGUGGGAACUGGUGAGGAUAAGCUGGAGAAAGGAAAAUUUGUUGAGAUUGCAAAAGCUGAUGUUCAGAAUCUGGAGCCGUUGGCCCAGGACCCUGUGUUGCAUGUAAGAAGUGUGGAGGAGAGUGUAGAAACUGGUGAGGAUAAGCUGGAGAAAGGAAAAGUUGUUGAGAUAGCAAAACCUGAUGCUCAGAAUUUGAAGCCGUCGGUCCAGGAACCUAAGUUGCUAGUAAGAAGUGAGGAGGAGAGUGUAGAAACUGGUGAGGAUAACUUGGAGAAAGGAAAAGUUGAUGAGAUUGCAAAUGCUAAUGUUCAGAAUCUAGAGCCAUCCACCCUGGAAUCUGAAUUGCAAGUAAGAAGUGAGGGAACCUUAGAAACUGGUGAAGAAAAACGGGAGAAAGGAGAAGUUGGAGAGAUUUCAAAAGCUAAUGUUCAGAAUCUGGAGCCAUCCACCCCAGAAUCUGAAUUGCAAGUAAGAAGUGAGGAAACCUUAGAAACUAGUGAAGAAAAACGGGCGAAAGGAAAUGCUGGUGAGAUUGCAAAAUCCCAAGUUCAGAAUCUGGAGCCAACCAUCAAUGACGUUGGUGAUGAGAUAAAAAUGUCUCAGGACCAGACAAAAGAACAUCCAACCAAGUCCACUCCAAAGCAAUCAAAUAACAUUAUAUCGAAGGUAAAACAGUCGCUUGCAAAGGCAAAAAAAGCCAUCAUUGGUAAAUCUCCAAACUCGAAAACCCUUUCCUGAUCUGAAACCAAGGGUGAUAUCAACGUCAAAUAAUGGAUUUAAACUAUGACUGCAACUGUAUAUUUUCAUGCAGUGUGAUAUCUUUUCCCAAAUUAUUAUGUGUGAGAUAUGUAGCCAUAAUUGAUGGUUUCAUUUGUGUCGUUGUUCUGAUCUCUUGCCUGCUUGAUUGCGUGCUUAAUAUGUAAAGGGUGUAUAUAGAAGGUAUAGUCCUUGCCAAACUCAACAUUGUACAAAGUAUGAAGACAUUAUUUUCUUUUCCACCUAAUUAUAUUCUUUGCAGUUGUAUGUAUUAUUUGGUUUUGUAAUUGAUUGUUUUCCAAUAAUGAUCAGAAGACAAGAACUGUACGUGUGCUUAUAAGGAUAGUUUUAUUAUGUA